AUGAUAUCGUACCAAACCCAUUCAGAAGCGGCUGCGGACCUACGCCAGUUUCUAAAGGAGCUCGAUGAUGAAAAUGACCUUCUCAUUAUCAAAGAAGAGAUAGAUCCUGAAAUGGAGCUUGCGGCAAUAACUCGCAGGGUCUAUGAAACCGAGGAUAAAGCACCCCUGUUCGAAAACAUCAUGGGUCGGAAAGGCAACGGGCUCUUCCGCGUCCUUGGAGCACCCGUGGGACUAAGCCGCGUUCCUGGUCAGAGACUUGGGCGGAUUGCGAAAAGUCUAGGGCUACCUUCCUCUGCAACAGGGAGGGAAAUUAUUAACAAAAUCAAUGAAGCUAAGAACCUUCAGCCGCUGCCUCCCAAUGGAGUCGAGUCUGGGCCAGUCAAAGAAUAUAAGAUGUUCGGCGACGAAAUCGAUCUCACCACUCUUCCGACUCCUCUUUUACACCAGCAUGAUGGUGGGAAGUUCAUAGAAACUUUUGGCAUGCAUAUUGUCCAAAAGCCAAAUGGAACUUGGACGAACUGGUCCAUCACGCGGGCUAUGGUCCACGGCAAGCGUACACUUGUUGGACCGAUCAUCCCAAAACAAGAUAUCGGGGUCAUUUUUGAGGAGUGGAGAGCCAUCGGGCAGGAUAUGCCAUGGGCCUUGUGUUUUGGAGUUCCACCAGCCGCGAUUAUGGUGGGCGGUAUGCCAAUUCCCAAGGGGCAAGAUGAGGCUGGGUACAUCGGUGCUCUGGUUGGAAAGCCGGUGGACGUGGUCAAGUGCGAAACAAAUAAUCUUCGUGUUCCUGCAAAUGCAGAAAUUGUGAUGGAGGGAUUCGCUUCGAUAUCUGAGACUGCACCGGAAGGGCCGAUGAUGGAGUAUCACGGUUUGGUCUAUCCAGGACGCACCAAGGAGUGUCCGAUUUUCAAAGUGAAUGCCAUCACUUACCGUGAAGAUCCAAUCCUACCCAUCUGUAUUACUGGACGAGCCACCGAAGAGAGUCAUACCGUGUGGGCGGUGAUGAUAGCUGCGGAGGUAUUGAGUAUUUGCCAAAGUGCUGGGUUGCCCAUUCAAAUGGUUUGGUGUCCCUUUGAAUCGCAUGCGCAUUGGCUCGCCAUUCAAGUCGACCGAAAGAAGCUUUGCGACUUGAAUACCAACAUGGAUGAAUUUUCCACCAAACUUGGGCAUGUGGUAUUUGGCUCAAAGCCUGGAUGGUACAUCCCAAAGGUGUUCUUAGUCGGAGAGGAUAUUGAUCCUACUGAUCUUCGGGACCUGAUAUGGGCAGAGGCUACCCGCUGUGAGGCUGGAACUUGCGAGUUUCUGUUUGAUGAAUAUGGAAAUAUUCCCUUAAUUCCGUAUGUUGCAUACGGUCAAAAGCCAGACCGCAACAACAAAAAGGUAGUGAAGUGUUGCAUGCUUCCGUGCGAGUUUGUUGAUGAAGAGCUUCCUUGGAAGGUUGGAUCUUUCAAGGGUUCAUAUCCUAUUGAGGUUCAAAGGAAGGUGGAAACUGACUGGACAAAAUAUGGCUUCGAUGCGAUAUGA